AUGGCCUCUACCUCCGGCGCCCAACCUGCCUUCUCCCCUUCUCCUUCUCCCUCUCCCUCUCCUCAGGCUACUCCGCCUUCUUCUCCUCCCCAGGACCCCUCGGUUGCUCCCCUUUCUGUCGAGCCCGCCACUCCCCGGGAUUCUCCGGCUGCCUCUGAAUCUCCUCCCCCUACCCCCAGGACUCCCAAAACUAUUCCUGCCUCCCGGUUAGGUUUUGCGGAGAUGGAACAGAUGUUUGAGAAAUGCGGAGCUGGCAGAGAGUCCGCCAUUCCUGUGGUGGACGUUGAUGACGACGUUCCCAUCUCUGCCUUGGUCCGGGACAUCCCGACUCCCGCUUCCCGUCAAGUCCAACAGAAGAGGAAGGCCGCCGUGCAGGCCCUUGCAGAGAAACGACGCAAGAAGGGCCCUAGCAAGGCCGACAGACUCGUAGACCCAGAGGUUGGGUCAGCAGGUGGAGCGGAGGCUGCCUCCGUGGAUGCUGAGGGGAGUGAGGUUCCGGCCCUGCCCGCAGGGGAAUCAGGGGCUUCUGGCUCCAGGCCAAUCUCGUCCCUAAAGGGGCGAGACUUCGUCCGCACUUUGCUUUCCCAUAUCCAUCCUAAAGAUAGGGAGACCACAGGAAAAUCGAAACGGGCGAUAUUGGCUAACCAGCUCAGCCAAUUGGCUCUUCAGCUGGAGUCCCGUGUGGGCGAGGCCAUCCAGUGCAUCGAUGACUACGAUGCACUGGAGAAGGACCUGGAGAAAGAGAAGGAGCGGACGGCAAGUCGCGAUGAAGAGGUCGCGGGCAUGGUGGAGCAAUACAGCAAGGCCGAGGCAGAUGUGGCUGAGCUGAAGGCAAAACUUGCCCAGGCUGAGGUGGAGAAGGCCUCUCUGGCCUCUGAACUGGAGAGGGCCAAGAAAGAGGGGUAUGAGAUAAUAUCGUCCGAUUCCGGAUGA